CACAGACGUAGUAGGCGGAGGCAAGAAGCCACACACACACAUUGGAGGGAACCCCAUCAGCUGUGGGAAGCAACACAGCUUGAACUUACUUUUAUUUUCUCAAGUCUACUCUUAAGAUUUGCACAUUUUCUCUCUUUUUUUUUUUAUUUAAAAAGCAGAGUUUUGUUUUAUUAGACAUGCGCCAUUAAGGAGCAGGGCUCGGUGCUAAACACGGUACACCACCGGGCUGCGUUUUGAACAAGGACGGCAGCGGAGGAAGGCGGAGGACACACGGCUGUGGAAGCAUGGAGUACUUCAUGAUGCCCGCAGACAAGCUCUCGUCCUUACAGCACUUCAAGAAGACGGAGAAGGACGUCAUCGGGGGUCUCUGCAGCCUGGCCAACAUCCCCCUCAGUCCCGAGACGGCCCAGGACCAGGAGAGACGAAUCCGCCGUGAGAUCGCCAACAGCAACGAACGGCGGCGCAUGCAGAGCAUCAACGCAGGUUUCCAGUCACUCAAAACACUCCUGCCCCACACGGACGGAGAGAAACUCAGCAAGGCGGCCAUCUUGCAGCAGACAUCGGACUACAUAUUUGCCUUGGAGCAGGAAAAGACGACACUUCUGGCACAGAACAACCAGCUCAAACGCUUCAUCCAGGAGUUCAGCGGCUCAUCACCCAAGAGGAGGCGAGCAGAAGAGAAGGAUGAAGGAAUCGGUUCUCCAGACACGCUGGAGGAGGAGAAAGUUGAGGAGGUGAGGAGGGAGAUGUUGGAGCUGAGAGGGCAACUGGACAAGGAACGCUCAGCUCGUAUGCAGCUGGAGGAACAGGUGCGUUCUCUGAGCGGCCAGCUGCAGCCGGAGCGUCUGAAGGUGAUCACUCAGCAGGUGGAGGAGGAGCAGGCGCUCAUCCAGAGCCAGACGCUGUUACGGCUGCAGCAGAUCCACGCUGCUGACAGACAACCACACAGUCCACAGGUGCUGCCGUCUCCCACUCCCACUCCCCCUCCCCCCGCCCCAACCCACCACCCCACGGUCAUCGUUCCAGCACCGACACUAACCCAGCACCCCCACCACCACGUCACCGUGGUGACCAUGAGCCCGUCUGUCCACACCAGCACCGUGUCCACGUCCAGACAGAACCUGGACACUAUUGUGCAGGCCAUCCAGCACAUCGAACGCGCCCAGGAAAGGAGAGCGAGCGCCGAGGAGGAGCAGAGACGAGCCGUCAUCGUCAGCCCCGCCCACGUCGCCAUGGACACCGCCUGCUCGGACACAGACACCGACACAGAGGGCGAGGACUGUUCGAUGAACUGAUCCCCCCCCUUCCCCCAAUGAACUCGCAUACACACACAAACACUUAAAAUACCUACUCACUGUAAGAUUCCCUCCAGAAGCUUGACUACUUUUUAUAAAAAAAAAAAAAA